AUGUCCAAAGUAACCAUAACAGGAAAUAUAAAUGGAAAAUUUUUAAUUUACGAUAAUCUAUUUGAUAGUGGCACUCAACUAAAAGGAUACUACAAGAAUGGAUUAACCCCAAGACGAGGAGUAAAAUAUGAUAAAUUAUUUAGAUUUUUUGUAAUUUUAGAUUAUAGUUGUGAUAAUAUAACAGUUAACGAAUUCAUGCAUGAAAAAUUCAUUUGGAAUACUGAUGACUUUAUUUAUGUUGAAGUUACCAAUAGCUUUAUACCAAAUAAGUUUAGAAAUAGAAUAUUUAAUCUAAGAAAAGGCAGCAGUAAAGUAUUCAAGACUUCCACACAUAGUUGGUAUUUUGGUAAAGAUUUACCUCAUACUAUUGUUGUAUUCGAGAAAUCUUCUAUAAAUAAUAAUAAAUAUAAAAUAGCCGCGAACGUUGCAGAUAACACUGAAGCAGAUAUUAUUGGCAUCAAUACUGACAUCGAUAACAAUAAUAUUGAUGUUGAUAGAAUAAUUGAGAACAUCACAGAUACCAAUGUUAGUAAUGAUAGCAACGAUAACUCCAAUGAGAACGUUGCAGCAGAUAUUAUUGACAUCAACACUGAUAUUGAUAACAAUAAUGAUGAUGUUAACAGAAUAAUCGAGAACAUCACAGAUAUCAACGUUAGUAAUGAUAGCAACGAUAACUCCAAUGAGAACGUUGCAGAUAAUACUGAGGUAGAUAUUAUUGACAUCAACACUGAUAUCGAUAACAAUAAUGAUGAUGUUAACAGAAUAAUCAAGAACAUCACAGAUAUCAACGUUAGUAAUUAUAGCAACGACAACCUCAACGAGAACAUUGCAGAUAAUACUGAAGCAGAUAUUAUUGACAUCAAUACUGAUAUCGAUAACGACAAUGAUGAUGUUGAUAAAAUAAUUGAGGACAUCACAGAUAUCAAC